AUUAGGCAUUCAAAGUAGACAGGGCUUUUCGUGAAAAAACUUCUAGUUCAAUCCAGCAAAGGUGAUGUUCUUCCAGCUGACAAGGUAGGACUCAAAUGAGUGGUGGUGGUAGCUCUUACAUUUUUUAUGGUUUUGGUGCAAUAUUUUGAAUUUUGCUUACUCAUGUUCGGUAUCAUGUUGAAUGUGAUUAUUCUUUACAUUUCUAAGGUCCAAAGACAUUAAAUGAGUUCUGAUUCUGCCGUUUUCCAGACAUUAUGAUUCUUUAAAUCACAUUACAUCUUGCUAUUUUCCAUUACUUUUUGACAACCAUGAUGUAGUUGUAUUUGUCUUAAAAGUUAAAACCAAAGAAAGCUUAUUAGGAGUCUCCUGCUCUUUGGCAAGUUGUGGUUUUUGGGCUAAAGGUAAUUGAGACUUGUAAAAGAAACUGUGGCUUAUUACAUUGUUGAUUUUGUUGUUAAACUGAUAGGAACAGAUACUACACCUUUCAUUAUUGAUUUUGUUGUUUCUAGUUAUGUAUGACUCUCCUGAAGUCUUAUGUUGUUGACUUCUUAUGCACAUUGAACAGGAUGAGAUCCCAGAAGAAGGUUUAGAUGGUCCCUUUCAUGUGGAAAAAGUGGAGAAUGUGGCAACAUUUGUGUUGGCCAAAACAAAAGUGGACACGGCUACUGGGGAAAACACUUCUUGAGUUUCAUCCACCAAAGGAGAAGUUCUUCCAGCACACAAAGAUGUGAUGUGGCAUGAAAGAAGUAUGACAAGAAGACAGCACAGAUCAAAAGAAGGUGAAGCUGAGAUUGAUAUUUCUCUUGCAAAGAGACGAGUCCAACCUUCUGAUAUUGGAAUUAUUACAUUACUCCAUAUUCUGUGCAAGUACUAAAGAGUAUAUUGUGCUCUAGCUAGUCAGUUGUCUUUCCUUGUUCUACUUCCAUUCCCUUCAGGAAUUGACCAAUGCAUGGAUGGUUUGUUCUUUUAAAUUUCAAUUAUUUUUCAGGUUGGCUUACUAAAGAUGUUGCGAUGCAAUAAGGACAGUCCAAAGUAUGUGGAAAUCUCAACUUCUGAUGGCUUCCAAGGUCAAGAGAAAGAAGCCACUAUUAUUUCCAUUUUUUGGUCAAACUAUGCCAAAGAGUUGGGGUUUUCAAGGGACCAUGGAUGAAUAUGAAUGGGGCUGAAACACAAGCAAGAAGAAAUUGUUGCCCAGUUUGUGACACUGAAACAAUAAGUGAUGGAUUCUUAAAAUGAUUCGUUGAGUACUUGAAAGAGCAAGGGGAGUAUAAGUGGCUCAAAAUACAACAGGAACAAGUAAAGAUCGUGAUGGGAUAAGAUUCUUUGUCCCCAAGGGCAUUUCAGUUAAUUGCCUAAUAUGCUACAUCCACAUCUUCAGAGGAGUUGAGGAAAAUAAUUUCUGUUUGUUAUUUAUCUGGAAAAUCAACAGAAAAGUAAGGUGCCAGACAUCAUGAUCAUCCCGUUUGUUUCAUGCUAAAAACUAGCAAGUAGGAUGUGCAUUUGUGGUGUAUGCGGGUGUACUGAUUGUUGUGAAUUGGAGCUUGGAAGAUGUAGUCGCUUGUUUUAUUUUUUGAACUUCUGUGAUGAUGUCCUUGAAGUCGCCUGAUGAAGUUUUUACAGCAGUAUAUUGUAUGGGUUGCAGUACCCUUUUGUGCUCUCAUUCAAUGAAAUCAUUUUUGAUUGAUCAAAAAAGGAUGUGAAUUAUU